AAGGGGACGCGGGAGAUUCGAUUGGAGGGCGCUGGGCUUGCGGCUGAGUCUUGCCAGCUGAGUGCCGGAGCUUCGCCCGGGCAGGGUCCCGGCCCUCUGCCUCAGGUAGGUAUACCAGCAUGUUACACACUACUUCAAACUGGAUUUUAGAGAUGUAGAGGGAAGAUGGCUUUGCUGACAUACAUUCCAUCAUCUGUUGAGUUGGCAAGAAACUUGAGCUAUAUAAAAAUGUGCACACGGAAAUCCGUUAAAGUGAUUUUUUUCAGCUAAAAAGAACCAUUUUCCACCAAUUUAGUUUCUUUAAAAGAUUCACGCCACGGUGAGAGCACAUGAAUAGAAGAAGAAAAUUUCUUCUUGCCUCAGUUCUUGCUCUCCAGAAUUCGAGUUUUGUAUAUCCUUCAUGUCAAAAGUGCUUCUCUCGGGUAAUCCUGGUCUCCAAAAGGUCUAAUUGUCCAAAAUGUGGCUUUACUGGUGAGGCUGAAAAUGUCAGUUACAGAUAUAAACUUUCUUUAAAAGUUGCGGAAUCAAACAAAUUAUUUGGCAUUACUGUAUUUGGAAGCUGCUUAGAUGCAUUUUUUGGUCUUACAGCCACUGGUUUGCACAGAUACAUUCAAGAUCCUAAAGAAAUUCCAGAAACACUGGACAGUGAUACAACUCAGAACCUGUUAACUAAAGCAGUGGAAACUUGCUUUCUUGGACAAAGCUUUAUUUUUGGAGUUACGAAUUUUGAAAACCAACAUGGGCAAGGUUCAGAUUCCUGUAACUUCUUACAUCAGUGUCCUGACCGCAGGAGAGAAGUUAAAGGGCUGGUGGCUUGCCAGAUGGUUUUACCAGACCCAGGUGUUGCAGGCUUCACUGUCAUUGACUAUUUCCGUCAGCUUUUGCAGCAUUCUGAUUUCAGGAAGCUUCACGGUAGCUACCAGACACCUAAUAGCUCAACACACUCAAGUAGUGAUCUCAUUAGCAUAUGUGGCCCUGACAGCAGUUCUUGUUUUUUCGAGUCCCAUGGCAGAGAUAAUUUUUCAAGAUUCUGGCAGCUAUCACUUGAACUCACUUCCUCUGUUUCACAACUAACAGGUGAUGAUGAUUUUUCAGCUUCAGAACAAAACAAGGCCAUUGCUACUCUUCCCCAGAACAGAAAGUACAUCUCUUUUGCAGAGGCCACUGGUUCCACUAGCUUCCAUGAUGCCAUAGAAGGUUCCUGGGGCCUUGUUUCAUAUAUGGAUAGAAAGAGUACAACACAAAAGUUGGGUGAAGAACUUGGCUUACAAGCUAAUCAGCCAAGUGCAGUUCACAGCAGUCAUCAUGAAAUUGGAGUUACUGACUCUAAUUUAUCCCCUUUGAAAAUGCAAGAGCCCUUUGAGCCAAGUAAUACGAAAUCUUUCCACAGUGCAGUUGAAAUUAAAACUAGGUAUUCUCAGCAUGAGCUAACAUGUCACCAGCAUCAUGAUGUAGAUGCCCACCCCAGCCUUCAGGAGAGAUCUACAUGUCGUCCACCUUCAUCACUCAGAGUCGAAGAGACAGCUGGUGGCUCCCAGGAUUGUGACCCCGAGAUUUGGGAUGAUCUGCCAUUCUCUGAAAGCUUAAACGAGUUUCUGGCAGUUAUCGAAAGUGAGAUUGCUAUAAUUCCGACAGACGCCAGUAGUAGGAAACGUCACAUAAAUAAUGAUGUUGAUGAAUUACAUGCAGACCACAGCACGUUAUCUGUGACUCCCCAGAGAACUACUGGAGCCUUGCAUACACCACCUAUAGCUUUAAGAUCCUCACAAACAGCAGUCAAAGCAAACUCUGGCAAAGAUAACUUCCUUUCCAACUGUGAAACAAAUUCAAGUCUUCGUGUUCAAAAGGAGCCACAACCAGAUAACACAGCAGAGGCUGUUUCUAUAAGUAGUAAUGGAAGAGAUAUUUCUGAAUAUUUUCUACCAAACACUUGUCUGUCGGCUCUGUUACCAUCUUCCAAAGGUUUAAGAACAACAAUUUCUCGUAAGACGUCUCCCAGAAUUCUGCCACAUAGGGCUGAAAUUUCACUUAAGCUCAAUACUUCAGAGAGUGAGCAUUCUUGUCUCAAUAUCAAAUAUUUUAAUGGAUAUGGAGAAAAAUCACUUUCAGAAGUGAGUGAAAAGUUGACAACUUUCUGUUGUAGGAGAUAUUAUGAUGUUUCUGAACUUUGCAACUUAGAAAAUAAACAAUAUAGUAGGUGGCCAAAGAACCAAGGUGACAGUUUCACAAUUUGCAGGAAACUUACAUAUCCCUUAGAAGCUCUCUGCAGUAGUCCAAGUAGAAGUACAGAUACAUUGAAAGAAAUGCCUUAUGGACAAAUCAAUAAUAACUUAACACAGAACUAUUCUACUCGUCAUGAAAGUAGCUACAAUGCUUCUGCUGAUCUCUUUGAUGAUAGUGCUAAAGAAAUGGACUUUGCAAUAGAAAUUACAAAGAAAUCACAGGAUAUUUUGUUACAACAGGGAAAAUCUUUGGCAGAAAAUCAUCAUACAGAAUCUGAUUUCUCACUGAGAUCACUUUCUGAAAACUCUGGCCAGUCUUCACAAAAAUUUUCCUUGCAAAACAUGUCUGCCUCUAUGUUUUUGAGAACGUGCUCCUCUCCACCUCGUUUUCAGUCAGAUUCAGAAUGUGAUUUUGAAGAUAGCCAAGACUUUGUUCCAUGUUCACAGUCAACUCCAGUUGCAGGAUUCCACCAAACAAGAAUUCUUGGGAUAAAAGGAGCUUUCAAAAAAUUACCUACCUUUUAUUCAGAUCUUGAUGCUAACUAUAAAAAAACAAGGGUUUCCUCUGAAAAUGAUGCACAGCAAGCCACCUCUAGCUGUCCAAAAAAUAUAAGAACACCCAGCCAGAAAUCCAGAAGCCCUAUUAUAUCUGGCAUUACACAACCAGAGGUUUUCAACAACUGUCCUAGUGCUGAGUGCCUUGAAACUGAUAUUGAUGAAUGGGUCCCUCCCACCACAAAAAAAGUAUUUCUUUCAGAUAUGCUUGGAUUCCAAGCCAUAGGUCUAAGGAAAUGCUCUGCUGCCUGUAACUCUCCUGAUCAAAAAGAGUUACCAAGAAAGAAACUGAAGUAUGUCAAACAAAGAACUGAUAAAUGUUUAAUUAAGAAAGAGUUAAAUUUGAAGAAUAUAUUUCCAACAGUCGUUACAAAACAGAAAACUCCUAACUAUGGCAGUACAAGUUCAGGCUGGAUUUCUAAAGAGUCAAUUUUGGGAUGUGGUUCUUGUUCAGGAGUUAAAUGUAGCCUUCCAUUUUCAGAAAAUUGGCCAUCUUCAGUACCUGAAACUAAAAGUGCUUGGUCUCCUGAAUUGUUUUCAUAAAAAGUCACCUGAACCCAACUGCUGAAUUUUAAAAGAUAAGUCUGGGUCCAGCCCUGGUGGCCUAGAGAUUAAGUUCAGCACGCUCUGCUUCAGCAAGCCAGGUUCGGUUCCUGGGUGCGAAGCUACACUGUUCUGUUAGCAUCCAUGCUAUGCUGUGGCCCACAUAGUAAAAAAAUAGAGGAAGAUUGGCACAGAUGUUAGCUUAGGGCAAAUCUUCCUCAGCAAAAAAAAAAGUAAAAAUAAAUAAAAGACAAGUCUGUUUGGAAACGUUUGCCUCCGGUGGCAUGGAAAGCAUUCUUACCAAUUAGAACGCUUGAAGGGACACAAAUAGAAAAGAGGUGCUGUUGUGCCUUUUAUAUUUAUAUUGUUGUAAAGCCAGUGUUUUUCCCAGUGUUUUAUCCAGAAUACUCUGAUUCAAAUAAUUUGGCACUUUAUCUUAUAUUGAUUGUACUUUAGUAAUAUUGUUAAUUUUGCUUGUUAAAAGUAAUUGUUAGAAUCACAUGCACGUUCAGAAAUAAAGCCUUUGCAAACCAAAA